AGAUGAGAAGGAGCAACAGAACAGGCAGGGUCAUAUGCAGCCAUUCACAAGACGAGAAGAGGAGGACGAGUGGAGCUGCUCUGCUUCACCUCAGUGUUUACUUCACUCAUCAGCUAGGACAGAGAGCUAAGCAUGUCGAAGGCAGAGAGGACUCCUUCUACCACAUCUACUGAGUCGGCUUCAGCAGAAAACAAAGAUGCUACUGCAAAGUCUGGUAGUCCUAAAGAGUCUCCAGCCGGUUCUGUCUCUGAAAGCCCCAAGAAAUCAUCCAAAAAGUCCAAGAAAAGUACAGAGAAUAUGAACAAAGUCUACACAUCGGUGCUCAACAGUGUUUUUGGUGCAGACAGAGAACUGGCUCAAGCAGAGAUUGAUGAGCUGCAAGAGGCCUUCAAGGAGUUCGACUACGACCAGGAUGGUUACCUGAACUACAAGGACGUGGCUGAAUGUAUGAGGACAAUGGGGUACAUGCCCACAGAAAUGGAGCUGCUGGAGAUAGUACAACAGAUCAAGAUGAGAAUGGGCGGAUUAAUGGACUUUGAGGACUUUAUUGAACUGAUGGGACCCAGGAUGAUGGGAGAGACGGCCGACAUGCUGGGACUCAAGGAGCUUCAGUCAGCCUUUGUGCAGUUUGACUUAGACGGGGACGGAAAGAUCAACCAGGAUGAGAUGAAGGAGGCGGUGAAGUCUCUGCUUGGGGAGAAGCUGAAGAAAGGAGAGUUGGAGGAGAUCCUGAAGGAACUGGAUAUUAACGCAGACGGAAACAUUGACUUUGAAGAGUUUGUGAUGAUGCUCUCCAUUCGCUAGAUGGAACUGACAACGUGGACAGAACACUCUAUAAAAUAUUAACACAACAAUGAUCUAAUAUUCACAGUUUGUUAUGGUGUGAUUAUGUCAGUUUAGGUUCCUACAAUGUAAUGUGUGCCUAACUCAGCAGGAAUACCGCUGCUAUGUGGCAUCAAAUGUAACAAGAGUGCUAUUUUGGUAGAUACUCGAAGUUCAUUUUGCAGUACUUGUAAAUAAUACUGAAAUAUUUUGCUACUUUAAUAAAGAAAUCAACUCUG